AUGGAUUCCUGCUCAACUCUCAUCCACAUCCUCGCUCGAUAUCUUCUCAAGAGCCACGCUCGUGAUGUAAUUCGUCUCGCUCUCCGUCUCGUUGAUGAAGAAACUGAAAUGGAUGGUGUCUCCAAAGUGUUUCGGUCGUUGAUCAAGAGUUACAAUCCAUAUGGGUCUGCAUCGUUCGUGAUUAGUACUUUGAUCUCGGAGGUUUCAAGCCGUAGAGGUGCUUCCAAUGAAUAUACACUAAAUAGAGAAGUUUUUUGUUUCGAUGAUAAUAUAGUCGAUGAAACUAAGGAGUUUAUAGUUAAGAUUAAGAACAUGCACUUUCAAUUUGAUGAUGGUGAGUUUUUAUAG